AUGUCUCUUCCUCUGCCUAUGCCUAUGCGUCUGCUCGCCUUAGUUUAUGUAUUUGGCGUGUUGAAGGUCACCCGAGGAAAUACUCUCAAGCUCGAUGUGAGGCUCAAAGAUGUACGCGGAUUCGGCUUCGGAUUGUUUCAUACUCUGGUCGACAAGAAUGGCCAGAAGCUAGAUGUUCUCGUUGACACUGGAUCUGAUUCUUUUUUCCUUAUCUGGAAGCAUUGGCUCGAGAAAGACGGUAGAAUCCUCUGCAAGGACUGGCCCAUGGGGUGUUUCGAAUGUUCUCCGCCUUGCUCUGUGAGUAAGGUAACGAGAACUGUUACUUUCGGUGGAGGAAUGACGGUGAAGACGUUUCAGCAUAAAGCGGAGUUAACGGUGGGUCAUUUGCCGCAGAACCUCACUUUCGGACUGGUAUUCGAAUGGACUCCUCGCCCCGAUCUCGCACAUCCUCCGGUAAAUUUGAUGGGUCUUGGCUAUGAUAGAGGUUUUGUGAACUUCCCGUCCAUGAUGACGCAAUUGCGAUCAUCACGAACUGUAUCGACCGGUAUUAUUGCCCUCUACUUGUAUCCUCCCGCUGAUCCCAAGGAGGAAUCCGCUGAUGGAGGCCUACUCCUGGGUGGAGGCGAUCCUGGAUUAUAUGAGGGUGCAUUGAAGUAUAUCGACUUCUCUACACACGGACGUUACACGGUAAAUAUCGAUAAGCUACAAGUCGGUAAUGGACACAUAACUUCUAAUAUGAAUAUGAACGCACUACUCGACACCGGUUGCAUCGAGCUACUUGUCCCAGGACUAUACUACGACAAUCUCAUCAAGGAUAUUGAAGCCCAGACUGACAAGGCUGCAGGUGAGCAUGUCGACUUCGUGUACCAUCCAGAACGGAAGAGAUGGUAUUUUCCCUGCCGAUACAUGACCAAAUUGCCACCGUUGCAGUUUUACUUGGGCCCUCGAGGCACGACCUUAUUCUCGAUGAGAUACAUGCACUACGCUAAGAGAGUGCCCAAUAAAUCUGACGUUUGUCGUCUUCUUAUCCAGAAGAUUAUCAGGAACGAAUGGAUCUUUCCCGAUCGUAUACUGAUCGAUAACUAUUUCCAGUUCGACCCUACUCUCAAGCGAGUGGGAAUUGGCAAGUUGAAACCGCGAUCUCCGUAA